CAGAUCCUUGUCCUCCUCUUGGGAGAGCUGAUCCUCCCCAAAACAGGAGCGGGGGAGGGGUGGGAGCCUGAGCUGCCUCUUCCCUCGCCUCUUCCAGGCUCUUUGCAGCUGGCUCACCAUGGUGCUCUGGCCACGAUGCUGCCAAGUGUGCUCUGUGCCAGGGCGGAGGCUGGGCCUGGGCUUGGGGGAGGGGCUGGGAGCCCUGGUGCUGGUGUCUGACAGUGGCCCUGAAGCUCCUUUCUUGCCCUUUAGUGAGCCUAAAACUUUCUAGGGGAGGACCAGCUAGCCUUGCUGAGUUGUGAGGAGCAGUGGGGGAGGAGGGUGCCGGAUCUGUUCCCCUUGGGGGCCCAGGACAGCACAAUAGUCCUUGGGGCUGCCACUUUCUGGCUUAAGUGGUUGCCCAGGCAACAGCAGGGGCCAGUUUCCACCAAUCCAUGGCAGAGGCUGGGUGGGGGGAGGGAGGCCUGGCCGGAAGGGGGAUCCGUCCCCUGUGUGAGAUCCUAUAUAAGGAGAAGGGAUGUGUUCAGAGUGGUCUGGCUGUCACUGUCCCUCCAGUGGACUUGGAGGUGGAGCACAAAGAUGCUUAGGAUAGGCCACUGCAAGCCUGGAUCCUGGGGCAGCUUCUGGGCCACCCUGGCCCUGGUGGGCCUGGUCACUCGUGCAGAGACUGCUGUCUUCCCUGCUCUCGAGAACGUCCUCUUGGAUCUGCAUCGGUAUGUUCUGUCUGCCCAGAAUGUGCCUGUGGGCACCCUCAGCAUCCACACCACGUGGGUACACACAGCGCAGAGAGCUGACAUGGGCGGGGAGGCAGCAGGCACCUCCAUCAACCACUCCCAGAUGCUACUCCACCGCCUGCAGGAGCUGCUGCGGCAGGGCAAUGCCAGCGACGUGGUUCUGCGCGUGCAGGCUACAGGCACCGACGAGGUCCGAGUCUUCCACAGCCACCGCCUGCUGCUGGGGCUGCACAGCGAGCUGUUCCGGGAGCUGCUGAACAACCAGAGUGAGGUGGUGCUGCAGGAGCCCCGUGACUGUGCUGCUGUCUUCGAUAAGUUCGUCAGGUAUCUGUACUGCGGCGAGCUGACUGUGAUGCUGGCCCAGGCUAUCCCGUUGCACCGGCUGGCCAUCAAGUACGGCGUGGCCCCCUUACAGCGCGGCGUGGCUGACUACAUGCGUGCGCACCUGGCCGGUGGCGCGGGCCCGGCCGUGGGCUGGUAUCAUUACGCGGUGAGCACCGGGGACGAGGCCCUGCGCGAGAGUUGCCUGCAGUUCCUGGCCUGGAACUUGUCUGCCGUGGCGGGUAGCGCCGAGUGGGGCACUGUGAGCCCUGAGCUGCUGGCACAGCUGCUGCAGCGCUCGGACCUGGUGCUGCAGGAUGAACUGGAGCUCUUUCAUGCACUGGAGGCGUGGCUGGGCCGCGCUAAGCCGUCACCCGCUGUGGCCGAGCGAGCUCUGCGCGCCAUCCGUUACCCCAUGAUCCCACCCGCACAGCUGUUCCAGCUGCAGGCACGCUCUGCCGCCCUGGCGCGCCAUGGCCCCGCGGUGGCCGACCUCUUGCUGCAGGCCUACCAGUUCCACGCCGCCUCACCGCUGCACUACGCCAAGUUCUUCGACGUCAACGGCAGUGCUUUCUUGCCUCGCAACUACCUCGCGCCCGCCUGGGGCGCUCCUUGGAUCAUCAACAACCCGGCCCGUGAUGACCGCAGCACCAGCUUUCAGACGCAGUUGGGCCCGAGCGGUCACGAUGCGGGCCGCCGGGUCACGUGGAACGUGCUCUUCUCGCCACGCUGGUUGCCCAUCAGCCUGCGGCCGGUCUAUGCCGAUGCCGCGGGCACGGCGCUGCCCGCCGCACGCCCUGAGGACGGCCGACCGCGCCUAGUGGUUACCCCGGCCAGCAGCGGAGGUGACGCAGCAGGCGUGAGCUUCCAGAAGACAGUGCUGGUGGGAGCCCGCCAGCAAGGCCGGCUCUUGGUCCGCCACGCCUACAGCUUCCAUCAGAGCAGUGAGGAAGUUGGCGACUUCCUGGCGCAUGCAGACCUGCACAGGCGCAACUCCGAAUACCUAGUGGAGAACGCGCUGCAUCUGCACCUCAUCGUCAAGCCUGUCUACCACACCCUCAUCCGGACCCCCAAGUAGAUUGGGAAAUAAACGACCUGGCCUAGGUGGUACCAGGGCCUGGGAAGGAUGAGGCACGUGCGGAGCGGACUGUUAGCCUGGCCCCUGGGUGGCCAGGUACUAGCUGGUUGGGGCUGGGGUGGGUACCAGGUGAGUGGCGGUAGACCAGAUGCCUGGAUUCUGGAGCUCACUCCAUAACCAACUUGAAGGCAACAUUCUUGAUCCUGAAUAAACAGAUACUCAGA